AAGCGACUGCCCACACUCCAGUCCAGGAGCUGGACUAUUAUUUUGGUGUGUCGAUGUGACGUCAUAAUUCUGCGCCGCUCUCCUGCAUCUGUUGGGAUUCUGCUGAAGCGAGGGCAAAUUGUCCAGAAACGGAGAAGAACUCCCGGUGAAUCAUCUGAGAUCCAUAUGACUCGCUAUUAUGAAGAUGGCGUUUAUUAAAGAGGAAAGUGAAGACAUAAGGAUCGAAAAAGUAUUCAGUCUACAACAUGAAGAUACUGAACAACAAACAGACCGGAUGCCACUGAAAGAGGAGAGGCAAGAACUGAAUGAAAUACAAGAGGAAAAUUAUGAGGAACAUCAUGAUUAUAAAACUGGAAAAAAAUCCACAAAUACUUCCACACGUAAAAGAGCCCAGAAGAAAUCUUGUGAAUUUUGCACCUGCCCUGAAUGUGGAAAGAGUUUCAAUAAAAAACAAAACCUUCGCAUCCACAUGAGAGUUCACACGGCAGAGAGACGUUUCACUUGUCAACAAUGUGGGAAGAGUUUCAGUCAGAAACAAAACCUUAACGUACACAUGAGAACUCACACAGGAGAGAAACCUUACACCUGUCAACAAUGUGGAAAGAGUUUCACUCUAAAACAAAACCUUGCAAACCACAUGAGAACUCACACAGGAGAGAAACCUUACACCUGUCAACAAUGUGGAAAAAGUUUUACUCUAAAACAAAACCUUGAAAACCACACGAGAAUUCACACAGGAGAAAAACCUUUCAUCUGUAAUCAAUGUGGAAAGAGUUUCAGUCUAAAACAAAACCUUGAAAACCACAAGAGAAUUCACACUGGAGAGAGACCUUACAACUGUCAACAUUGUGGUAAGAGUUUCGUUCAAAGAGGGAACUUUAUAAACCACAUGACUCUUCACGAUGGAGAGAGGAAUUUUGCCUGCCCACAAUGUGAAAAGAGCUUCAGACAUAAAAUAGCCCUUCAUUCCCAUAUGAGAAUUCACAGCAGAGAGGAGCUUCACACAUGCUCUAAGUGUGGAAAGAGCUUCAGACAUAAAAUCGCCCUUCAUUCCCAUAUGAGAAUUCACACCUGAGAGGAGCUUCACACAUGCUCUUAGUGUGGAAAGAGCUUCAGACAUGAAGUAUCCCUUCAUUCCCAUAUGAGAAUUCACACUGGAGAGAGACCCUACACAUGUCAACCGUGUGGAAAGCAUUUCAGACGUAAAGCAACCCUUAAUGAACACAUGAAGAUUUACUUUAGGAGUUUAUUGCUUCAGAUGUUACCAAUACAUUUAAAUGUGCUGUUA